AUGUUAUUAAUUUUUAUUCUUAUAUUUAAUAUCUAGUGCAAUUAUCUUGGAUAAGUAAGCUAAAUAAGAUCUGAUUUGAUUAGGGUUUACUUGUUUCCUCAUUCCCAUGAUGAUGUUGGAUGGAUUAAAACAAUAAAUGAAUAUUAUUUUGAUUAUCAUGGAGUCUAAUAAAUAAUUAAUUCAUAUAUAGAAGAAUUGAUUAAAGAUAAAUCUAAGCAUUUCUCAUAAGUGGAGGUAGCUUAUUUUAAAAUGUAAAUUCUAAAAUAUAUAAAAGGUGGUGGAAUGAAUAGAAUAAUACAAUGAAAGAUAAUGUAAAGUAAUUAAUAUAGAACCAAUAACUUGAAUUUUUAAGUGGAGGUUGGUGUAUGAAUGAUGAAGCAACAACUUAUUAUGAAGAUAUUAUUGAUUAAAUGACAUUAGGACAUAAAUUUCUACUUGAAAAUUUUAAUUAUGUACCCUCUAUUGGAUGGUAAAUUGAUACAUUUGGACAUUCAAAUACUUAAGCACUAUUUUCAAAUAUGAUGGGUUUUAAUGCUUGGUUUUUAGGAAGAAUAGACCAUCAAGAGAGAUUAGAAAGAGAAAAAAAGAAGGAAUUAGAGUUUGUAAUUCAUUCUGAUGAAGAAAACUCUAUUUUCACUCAUAUUAAUUAUUAUGGAUUUUAUUCAUCUCCUUAAGGAUUUGAUUUUGACAUUUCCAAUCCUAAAAGAAAUUAUGUUUCUAAUGAAAACUUGGAAUAAAAGUCUGAAGGACUUGAUUAAUAUUUUAAAUAAUAGUGUAAAUCCUAUAGAGGUAAAAUAUUAGCUCAUACACUUGGUAUGGAUUUUGAAUGGUCAAAUGCUUCUAGCUAUUUUUAAUAAAUGGAUCUUAUUAUUAAUCGAAUAAAUAAUAAUUCCCACAAAUUUAAUAUGAUUAUAGAAUAUGGUACUCCAAAAUAAUAUAUCCAAGCAUUGAAUUAGUAAAAUGUUUCAUAUCCUUUUUAAAAAGAAGAUUUUUUUCCUUAUUCUGAUCAUCCUCAUGAAUAUUGGUCUGGAUUCUUCACUAGUAGACCUUCUUUUAAGGGAUAUGUCAAAAGAAUUGGUAGAUAUUUUUAACAAGUCAAACGAUUUUAUUCAUUAGUAUAAAUGAAUAAUAUUAUUUGUGAUGAAACAAUAAUUUAAGAUUUAUCUGAAGCUUUGGGUACAGCUUAACAUCAUGAUGCAAUAACUGGAACUGCAAAAUAAUACGUAAUUAAUGAUUAUUUCAAUUUGAUUCAUAAAGCCUAUAUAAAAAUGGAUAAUCAAAUAAGUUCAUUUCUAAAUUAUUUAUCAAAUACAUCAGAAAUAUUGCAUUCUUAAUGCUAAUUUAAUGAAUCAGAUACAUGUGAUUCCUUAUUUUAUCCUCUUAGCUAAAACAAAACUGUAAUUGUUACUAUAAUUGAUACAAAAAUCAAUAAUGAUGGAUAAUAGGAGUAUUUGAAGAUGCUGAUUCCGAAAAAUUUAAACAUUAAAGUUGAUGAUGAAUUAGGAAAUCCCAUAAAAGGAGAAAUUAUAUGUAUAAAUGAUUAAUGCACUCUUUACAUACCAAGACAAAUUAAUAAUUCUAAACUAUUACAUUAUAUUAAAAUAAUGGUUGAUUUUGAUAAUAAUUCAAAGAUUAUAAGAUUAGACCCAAAAUUGAUAGAAAUUAAAAAAGAUACAAAAAUAUUUGAUAAAUUUAUAUUAAAUUAUAAAGUUUAUUUAUCAAACUCAUCAAGUUUAAGUAGUGGAGCAUACAUAUUUAGACCUAUUGGAAAUGCCACUGAUUAUGGUGAUUACUUAUCAGCCAUUUAAUUUUCAGGUUAAAUAAUUCAAUAAAUAUAUUUUGAAAAAACAACUUUAAAGGUCUGGAUUUCAAGAUUUGAUAAUUAAGAUAUAUUUUAUAUUGAUACUUUUUUAGAUUCAAUAGAUAUAUCUGAUUAAUAAGGGAGAGAAAUAAUAUUAUAAAUUCAUACUGAUAUCAUAAAUGAUAAUAUAUUUUUUACAAAUAGUAAUGGAUUUAAAUUUUAAAAACGAAGAUUAAAUCACAGAGAAUCAUAAAAUAUAAAAAUCAAAGAGAAAAUAGCAGGUAAUUAUUUUCCUAUAAAUGGUGCUAUUAUGAUCAUGAAUAAAGAUGGAAAUUCUGCUUGUGCAGUUCUUAAUGACAGAGCUUAGGGAGGAUCAAGUUUAAUUUAAGGAGUUAUAGAGUUAAUGUUAUAAAGAAGAUUAGUACGUGAUGAUAAUAAAGGACUUUUUGAAAUUUUGGAUGAAUAAGAAAUAAUUAAAGGAAAAAAAUUAGGAAUAAGAUAAAUGAUAUCACAUACAGUCAUUUUCUAUAAUCAUGAAUAAUAAACAAAUCUAUUAAGAGAAUUUUAAUAUCAAUAAGAUUUAUAACCCUUACUUUAUUUUUCAACAUAACCAUCUAUAAGAUAUUCUGUUCUAUAAGACUUAUUUUAAGAAUUUCUAAUCAAAUAAUCUGAUAUAAAUUUGAGCAAAUUAUAUAUUGAGCCUUGGCUAUAGAAAAAUUAGUAUUUAGUAAGAGUUCAUAAUAUGAGGGAGGAAGGCAUUUAAAAAUUAAAGUUUCCUAAAGAAUUAACAUUUUAAGAAACUACUUUAACUGGUAAUCAAGAAUUAAAGGUGUGGGAACAUAAUCGAUUAAGUAGAUGAUUGUUAUUAUUUUAGAAUGGAGUGAUAAAUAUCCUAAAGAAUAAAAUUAUUAAUAUAAGUAUGAUGAAGUAGGUCCAAUGAGAAUAAAAACCUGGAUUGUAACAAUUUGA